UAGACAAUGUUGAUCAUGAAUUCUGUUUAAAUAGAACUCUGGAGAUAUAUGAAUUUGUACUCGAGAUAGGUGAAUUAGUACUCGAGAUAGGUGAAUUAGCGUCAAUCGGUAAACUAUCGGGUUUAUUUUCAGCUAGAACAAUUUGAAUUACAGCUAUGGCUCUUCGUGUUCUAAUCCUAUUUGUGUCAGCUGUUUGUGCCACAAACAAAAUGUGUGCGAAAUUGGAUACUUUUGGACCUGAAAUUUCAAGAAACACCUACCGUCCUGGCGAAGUCAUUUCAACAGUUGACAAUACCGAAUUGGUGACGUGUAUGCAAACAUGUCUGCAGUUUAACCUGUGUACCUUUAUCAAUUUCAAUACACAGUUGGGGGUGUGUUAUUUGAUGACACCUAAAGACAAUUCGACAACUCUGGGAGGCACCCCGGCUUCUGCAGAUUCACGCGAUGUCGUUUCCAGCAUGGCGAGUUCGUGGUCCAGGGAUAUAAUACAUGGUCCGUGUUUGAACCACGACUGUCCGAAUAAUUCUUACUGUAUUGACAAAGAUAAAGACACAAGGGAGUGUCAGGUUAUUGGUUGUGUGGGUUCAUCAUUAGUACCAUAUAUUGACAACAGUAGAUUUGAGGCAAAGACCAUGUGGAAAAUAGACGAUGCUAUCAUUUUACCAUGUUUAUAUGACUCUUCAGGGCCAACGUCUUGCACUGCUGACGGCUCUUGGUCAGAAUUUGAAUGUCACCAAGCUCCACCAACAGACUGCUCCGACGCCAUUAAUAAAAACUACACUGUAGGUGCUGUUCCGAUCACUAUUGACGUUGAUGGUGGAGGUCCAUUAGACAAAAUAGAAGUUUUGUGUGAUGGGAUGGUUACAGUUGUUUAUCACAAUGCCACAGCGAAAACUUUGGUAGACGGUUUUAAUUCGCCGUAUUCUUUUAAACUUCAUCUUCAAUACACAGUCUCAUUGGACCACAUCAGGGUCAUCAAACAAAAUUCCAACAACUGUGAGCAGUUUCUUAGGUACGAUUGUUUCGGGUCGAGGCUCAUUGGUUAUGCAGCGUGGAGAACCAUUCAUCAACAAAGGGCGUACUAUUUUGCUGGGAACGGAACUGACAGUGAAUCGUGUGCCUGUGGGAUUGGGGAUUCAUGUGAUAAAACAGGUGUGAAAUGUAAUUGUAAUAUAAACGACAACGUUUGGAGAGAUGAUUCGGAUUUUAUUACUAACAUCACUGCUUUGCCAAUAACUGCUUUUGAAGCUGGCGACACGGGGUUCGUGGACUAUUAUGAUGAAAGGGCAUUUGUUUCAAUUGGACCUCUUCGAUGUCAGUGAUCAGAUUUAUGAUAAAAUAAUAUACAUUUAUUUUCGUGGACAAGAAAUAUUUAAAUAAUUUUCGGGUUUAUACAACAUUACAAGAAAGUGAACACUGCCAUGUUCAUAUGACAGUUAAGGACAUUUUGAUUGAGUGAAAGUAUCUCAAGGGUGUUAUAUCGCCUUUUUACCGUUGCCAGUCACUACAUGUAUUAUUUACACAACCGGUUCUAUAUUGCAAAAUACUAGACUUUUUAAAAAACACAAAUUCUUAUAAUAAAUUUUAAUUGCUUUUUCA